CCUGUCUCGAAAGACCGAGCGAAAGAGAGCAUAAACACGGACUGCCGCACUCCUAACUCCUCACCGGAAGCUAGUUGGUGUCCAGCUUAGAUCAGUAUCAAAUGAAAAAAUCCGACCCUGGGAUGCAGACUGUAGAGUGCUUGCCUAGAAUGCAGGAGUGGGCUCCAUCCACACCGCGUAACGGAGGUGAAGACUAACCUCGGUACUGGAAGCCGGAGCGGCAGGGUAAGCUAAGGUCCUCAAAAGCAGUGCAAGGGCGGCCUACGCUAAAGGUCUCCACGACGGCAAAGACGAGCUGCAGGACAGACAGUACCUAAGACUUACACAGUGUCCAAAGCGCAAGGUUCCUAGUCAGGGAAAGCACUGGGAGUGACGGGGCCGUCGCUUUACUGUCUGGCAAGGGCCCAGGACGCAGUGUGCACCGCGAUCAUCCCCACGUUAACAGUUGCAGCCCCUGAGGCCGGUCACCCCGGCGGCACCUGGCGACCGAGCAGCUGUGGCGCCGCCCUGGCGGCUGGGGCAGAGACAGGCAGGGGGACCCGCCCCAGCCGGCCCGCGCAUGCUCUCUGCUCCCGGCCGCGGCCCCGCCCCGCCCCGCGAGCGGUUGGAAUUUGAAUCUCCGGCGCGACGCUGCGGGAAGCCUCAACCCUGGGCCGAGCAUGGAGAGCCCCGGCUCUGCCGCGCGCUGCCCGGUGCGCCAGCAGCGUGCUCGCUGGGAGCGGAAACGCGUCUGCACCGCUCGGGAACUGCUGGAGACCGAGCGGCGCUACCAGGAGCAACUGGGGCUGGUGGCCACGUACUUCCUGGGGAUCCUGAAGGCCAAGGGGACACUGCGACCACCGGAGCGCCAGACCCUCUUUGGAACCUGGGAGCUUAUCUAUGCCGCCAGCCUGGAGCUGCUUCCCUACCUGGAAGAAGGACAGUGGGGCCCCGGGCUACAAGGCUUCUGCCCACACCUGGAGCUCUACGUCCAGUUUGCUGCCAAUGCAGAGAAGUCUCGGACUACCCUUCAGGAGCAGCUCAAGAAGAAUAAGCGUUUUCGGAGGUUCGUACAGCUUCAGGAAGGCCGCCCUGAAUUUAGGGGUCUUCAGCUCCAGGACCUGCUCCCUCUGCCCCUGCAGCGGCUCCAGCAGUACGAGACUCUUGUUGUGGCUUUGGCUGAGAACACAGUUCCCAAUAGCCCUGACUACCACCUGCUCACACGUAGGUUCUCGUCCUCCCCAACUCAGGCUGCCUGUGCUGAGUGCCCCUCUGCCCCUGGCCCCCAACAGUGUUUGCUCUGUCCCUAUCUGCCCUGCCUUCAAGCUAGUCCUGAUCCAGGCCCCUUUAGACUAGCUUGUCUUUCACUGUCGAUAGCCACUCAAAGCCAAUGUUCUGUUGGGAGUGAGGUACGGGGUGCUGUUCCAGGGGCUGCCCGCCUGGUGAGUGAGACUGCCCAGAGAGUCCAUGCCAUUGGCCAGAGUCAGAAGAAUGACCAGCACCUGCGGCGUGUCCAGGCUCUUCUCAGUGGACGAAAGGCGAAAGGGCUUACUUCAGGACGCUGGUUCCUAAGACAAGGCUGGCUACUGGUGGUGCCUCCCACUGGGGAGCCUCGGCCCCGCAUGUUCUUCCUUUUCUCUGAUGUGCUCCUCAUGGCCAAGCCUCGGCCCCCACUGCACCUGCUGCAGAGUGGUACCUUUGCCUGCAGAGCCCUGUACCCCAUGUCCCAGUGUCAACUUAGCCAGAUCUUUGGCCAUUCAGGAGGACCUUGUGGUGGUUUGCUCAGUCUGUCCUUCCCCCAUGAGAAGCUCCUGCUCAUGUCUGCUGACCAAGAGGAACUAUCACAGUGGUACCACAGCCUGACUCUGGCUGUUAGGUGAUGGACGAGGGUACUCAUUCCAGUGCCUGGGCUGACUCUAUUCUUCCCACAGAAGCCAGAAGAGCUCAACUCACAGAAGUGUCAAUGCAACAUGACACUGUCACCUACAGAUGAUGUGCGGGCCAUAGUCACACCUCUCCCGGGGUACAUAUGGCAGCCGGGCAUGCCUGUGAAGAAGCUUACAGACGACGGAACUCAGGACACCCCAGAGCCAUUUAAAUAGCUCCUGAAGAAUCAGAAAGCAGGCUGCAUUCAACCCAACUGGGCCUCAGUUGAACCAUGCCACCAGGGGCCUCAGGACUGCAAAGCGCCUGCUGUUGUGGCCAGCUGUUUAUUCAUUUUGUAGCUUUGUAAAGGAAGCCACUUUCUGUUACCUGUGGUUGUUUUUAUUUUUGAGACAGGGUCUUACUAUGUGACCCAGGCUGGCAACGAGCUUGAAUUCCUCCUGCCUCAGCCUCAAAAGUGUUGGGUUUACAGGUGUGUACUGCCAUCCCGCCUCACCUGGCUAUUGUAUUUAGUUUCUUCUUGAGACAAGGUUUCAUGUAGCUCUGGCCUUGAAUUCCAGAUCUUCCUGAACUACCUCUCAUGUUGUAAAAGUUCUAUAAUUUAUUUUCCCACUGGAUUUUAAUAAAGUUUUGUUUUGUUUUGCUUUUGGAAA